AUGGGUGGCUCCGACGAGUACAAGAGCUCGGGCAUCCCGUCCUGGCAGAAGCGCGACCAAUCCGAACAACCAUCAUCAGAAUCAUCAUCCGCUGCCCAAGGCCCCUCCUCAAACUCCUCCCCCAUCGAGGUCGCACGACGCUUCCUCCAAGAUGACGAGAUCAAAGACGCCUCGCGCGAACGAAAGCUCGAGUUCCUCAAGACCAAAGGACUCGACGAGGCCGAUAUUGAAAAGCUCCUAGGCCCAGCCGACACCCCAACCACGAUCGCGACACCAGCGCAAGACGAACAACCUACACAAUCCGCCGAAACACCAGCACCACCAGCACCACCAGCACCACCAACACCACAAGCCUCGGCGGCGCCACAGAGCAGCAUCGCCCCAGACUUCCACGACGAAAGCCCCCCCGUCAUCACCUACCCCGAGUUCCUCACCAAGCCCACGCGGCCGCCACCCCUCGUCACCGGCACCGCCCUCCUCAACACGCUCUACGCCUGCGCCGGCCUGACGACCCUCCUCUACGGCACGUCCCAGUACGUCGUGGCCCCCAUGGUCGCGUCCCUGACCGCCGCGCGCGUCGACCUCCACGCCACAACCUCCGACAAGCUCGCAGCCCUCGUGCGCAAGCUCGAGGCCACCGUCUCCGAACUCCCCGCCAAGGCCCCGCCCAAGCCCGACGCCGCCUACGCAGACGACACGGGCAGCGAGGCCGAGGACCCGACCGAGCUCUUCCACCGCGACGUCGGCGUCCAGACGUCGCUGCCCUCGACCCCCGGCGGGCCCCUCGCCGCGACCCCCGCUGCCGCAACGCCUGCUGCCGCCGCUCCCGAGGCCCACGCCCGCCGCCUCGCCGACCUGACGGCCUCGCUGCGCGGCCUCAAGGACGCCUACGUCACGCAGAGCGAGGACCUCGUCGACGUCAAGACGGCCAUGGACCUCCUCAAGGACGACCUCGGCCAGCUGACGUUCCCGAGCGCCCAGCAGCAGAGCGACUUUGUCGGCGGCUUCUCGCUGUACGGGUCGUCGGCGGGGCGCAAGGAGCCCGAGGACGAGAUCAAGAAGGCCAAGGACAACAUCCGCCGCGUCAAGGGCGUCAUGCUGAGCACGCGCAAUUUCCCCGCCUCGUCGAGGUGA